CCCGCCUCUUCAAGGAAGUUGUGGCAACUACGUCAAAGUGGCGCGCUUCACUGUGCUGUUUUGGAACUUUACUUGCAGUGAAGUGUUUACAUUUUCUGACAAAUCAUGUCUACUUUUGUUCGAAGAGCGUCUAAGAUACCAGAUAAAGAUAUCUCAGAUCUGUCGGAAAAUGAUCUAAAACGCUGGGGGUUGAUAGGCAUUCAGCUGAGGUCCUAUCAGUUGGAUGGUGUGAGGUGGCUGACUCAGUGCCUGAAACAUCAGGAAGGUUGUAUUUUAGGGGAUGAGAUGGGCCUUGGUAAGACAUGUCAGACAAUAUCCUUGUUGGUUUACACCAAAGGAGCUCUGGGUGAAGCAGGGCCUUUUCUGGUGCUGAGUCCACUGUCUGUGCUGGAGAACUGGAGACAGGAGAUGCAACGCUUCUCCCCCAGCCUCUCGGUGGUGUGUUACACCGGUGACAAGGAGAGGAGGGCGGAGCUACAGAGGGAGCUGCUGGAUGACGGACACUUUCAUGUCUUACUCACUACCUAUGAGAUGUGCCUUAAAGAUGCUUCGUUUUUAAGAAGGUGGAAGUGGAAGAUCUUGGUAGUGGAUGAGGCACACAGGUUGAAGAAUCAGAACUCUUUGUUACACCAGACACUAAACCAGUUCUCAGUGGGCUUUAGGGUGCUGCUCACCGGCACGCCUAUCCAGAACAACCUGCAGGAGGUCUACUCGCUGCUCAGCUUCAUCCAGCCCAGCCUUUUUCCUGGUGACCAGGUGGAGAGCUUCGUCAGCACCUAUGCAGAUGUCCAGACCUGCCCAGCCCUGGCGGCCGAGCUCCACCGCGUCCUGCAGCCCUUCCUGCUACGAAGGGUCAAGGCCGAGGUGGCGGCCGAGCUGCCCAAGAAGACGGAGCUGGUGAUGUUUCACGGCAUGUCGGCCCUGCAGAAAAAAUACUACAAGGCCCUCCUCAUGAAGGACCUGGAUGCCUUUGGGGCCGAACAGGCCAGCAAGACCAGACUACUGAACAUUCUCAUGCAGCUGAGGAAGUGUGUGGACCACCCUUACCUAUUUGAUGGUGUGGAGCCAGAGCCCUUUGAGAUGGGUGAACAUCUGGUGGAGGCCAGUGGCAAACUCGUUCUACUGGACAGUAUUUUAGCAUAUCUGCGCAAAGAGGGCCAUCGUGUUUUGCUGUUUUCCCAGAUGACCAGAGUGCUGGACAUCCUCCAGGACUAUUUGGAAUACAGAGGUUACAGCUAUGAGCGUCUGGACGGCUCCGUACGUGGCGAGGAGCGUAACCUAGCGAUCAAGAACUUCAGCACCAAGGAUGUCUUUGUCUUCCUCCUCAGCACCAAGGCUGGUGGUGUAGGCUUGAACCUCACAGCUGCUGAUACAGUCAUAUUUGUGGACAGUGACUUCAACCCGCAGAAUGACCUCCAGGCUGCUGCCCGAGCCCACCGGAUUGGCCAGACAAGGGCGGUGAAGGUGAUUAGGCUGGUGGGCCGGGACACGGUGGAGGAGAUCGUCUACAGGCGCGCCAUCAGCAAACUGCAGCUCACUAACACCGUGAUCGAGGACGGGCGCUUCUCGCUGCUCGACCAGGCCCAGUCUGCUGCCGCCGGACUUCAGCUGAGUGACAUCCUGAAGUUUGGGGUGGAUAAGCUACUAGCGUCGGAGGAGAGCUCGGUUCAGGAUGUGGACCUGGGACUGAUCCUGGGUCAGUCUCGCAACGGCCGGUGGCUCACUGAGGACGAUCCCGUCAUCCCGUUGGAGGAUGAAGAGGCAGAAUCUGACACCGAUGGCCAGAACCACAUGUACUACUUUGAGGGGAGGGACUACUCACGGGACCCCAGCACUGAGGACCAGGAGGCCUUCACCUCCCUGCUGCAGGAGCAGCUGACCCAGCUGCAGGAGGCUGGCAACGAGGGACGGGCUCUGCGCUGUACAACUGGAGCAUCUCUGGCGGGGCCCUUGCGGAGCCCCAUGAGGCUGAAGCGGCCCCUGAGCGCGGAUGAGCUGGAGCAGCGGAGGCAGAGGAGGCAGGAGGCCGCCGCCAAGAGGGCCAAGCUGAUGGAUGAGCGCAAGAAGAGGCAGGAGGAGCAGAGGCAGCUCAAGAGGAAGGCCUGGUGGGAGUCAUGCGGGUACACAUCCAUGUGUUUACCUGCUCUGGACUCGGAGGGUGAGGACGAGGAAGAGGAUGAUGGAGACGAAGAUGCUGCUAGCACCUGCUCCACUGACUCUGAGCACAUGGCCAUACGUUACGUGCUGGGCGACGUCACACACCCGCACACAGCCAAGGAGGACGCCAUCAUUGUACACUGCGUUGAUGACUGUGGCCGCUGGGGCAGAGGGGGUCUGUUCACUGCACUGGAGCUUCGGUCGGACGAGCCCCGCAAGCAAUACGAGCUGGCUGGGAAAAUGAAAGACUUGGAGCUGGGGCAUGUGCUGUUUUUCCCUAUCAAUGAUAAGCAGUCCAGACUGGAUGGGAAAGAUCAUCUGGCACUGAUCGUGGCCCAGACUCGAGACAAGGCAAACAAUCUCUCUGGCAUCCUGCUCAGCGCCUUGGAGGAGGGCCUCAGGAAGAUCUCCAGGGUGGCCAAGGGGAUGAGAGCGAGUGUCCAUCUACCCCGCAUCGGACACUCCACCAAAGCCUUCAACUGGUAUGGCACAGAGAGGCUCAUUCGGAAACACCUGGUCACAAGGGGCAUCCAGACAUCCAUAUACUACUACCGCAGGGCUGCCUCUGUCAACACCACAGCAUCCAACUCUACACCGUCCACGUCCGCCCAUCAGUCGGCCUGUGACCGGGGCGUCUCGCCGCCAGCUCGGAGAGAACUCCCGUCAUCACCCGUCUCCCAGCACUCCUCCAGUCCCGAGGGAGCGGCGAUGGGAGACGGUUUUCAGGAGCCAGCCGGGUCCAGUUGCAGCCCGGCUACGUUCAGCCUGUCGGACUUCAUGCGCGGCGUUCAUGUCUUCUUCUUCAACAUGGCUGCCUCGGACAGGAAGAGACUGUCACGCUACCUCAUCACAUAUGACGGUCACGAGGAGGACCUGAUGAGCGCACGUGUCACUCAUGUUGUGGCUGAAGUGGAUAGUCCUGCUCAUACACAGGAGCUGCGGGAGCUUGUGCAUCAGUACCCUCAGGCCUUACCUGUGCAGAUGACCUGGCUGGAGUCCUGUUUGUCCAAACAGAAGAAGGUCAACACCUCCUCUUUCCUGCAUAAGCUACAGUGAUCCUUGACCACCCCCCGACCCCCACCCCCACCCCCCCAAAAGCUUAUUUAUGGUCGAAUGAAAACAAAUUACAGUGGCAUGGAUGAAGUUAGGCUUCAUGUAAUGGAAAUAAAAUUAUACCUGUAUUGAAAAACAUCUUGGACUUAUUUGUCACUGAAAGUGUGUCACACUGUGUCAAAAGCUAUGUCAUAGGAGCGUAACUGAAAAGAAGAUACAGUGAUUGUCAGAUGUGGACAUAAUAUAUAUGAAGGAUGCAAGCCAGUAGAACAGUGUCAGGUAAUGGAGCCUUCUCCAGCUACUUAGUUAACAAAUAUGGUGGUGAUGUGCUACCUUUAUGUACUGUGAUUGAUUGUUUAACCUGUAAAGCACCUUGAGACUUCUUUGUAUUUUAAAGUGUGCUUUAUAAAUAAAAUCCAUUAUUAUUAUUA